GCGCUGGCACGCCGCGUUGCUUGCCUGUCUCCUUGCCACUUGCCACGCCCGCUUGUCUUCCAUCGCGACCUUGAUUUGCCCCCGAGGCUGAAUUAUCUCAGCUAUCGGCUUAAAACCGUAAAGAAAACAAAGGCGGCACGCCAGGAAGCACAGGCGGGAAGCCGCUCUCAGAAGCUUCACUCUGCGGGCGUGAGCGGCUAGCUGAUGGCGCUGUCGGGUUGGGCUAUGCAAGCUCGUUCAAGCGGCACAUCGCGUCGCCAUGCGGGGCUCGCGCGGGCGCCAGCGGCUGAGCGCGGCGCCGUGUCGCGGCCGGCCACGGGUAGCGGCAGGUCGCGUCAGCGCCUGACCGCCUUCGCCGCAGCCCAGGGCCCGCCGCCCCCGCCGUCGGGGCCCACGCAGCCGGGCAUGUACUACGGCGCCGCGCCCCCAUCUGCGCCGCCGCCACCGCCACCGCCACCGGUGCGGCAGCCGGCCUACCAGCCAGCAGCGCCCUACCUACCGCCUCCCCCGGGCGGCCCUGGUAGCUACGGCGCCGGGUACGCCGCCCGUGCGCCGCCCGCCGCGCCACCCGCCGCGCCGCCGCCCCCGCCCAUGGCGCCGCCUCCGCCGCAGUCGGGCUACGGCUACAGCUACGGCGGCGGUGCGGCGGGGCCCGGCAUGACGGUGUCGGCUGCGGAGACGGACCCUGCUGCGGUGCUGCAGUCGGUGCCGCGUGUCAAUCCGGACCGGGCGGCCUUCAACAACGUGACGCUGCUGGGCACGGUGCGCAGCCCCAAGCGCUCGCCCCAGGGCCGCAGCGCCUCCGCCGUCAUCUACGUGCCCUUCGCCAAAAAGUCUGGCGGCACGGAGUUCGUCCUGGAGGCUUGGGACGGCGAGGCGGCUCAGCUGCUGGUGCUGGACGGCCACACGGUGGUGGUGGAGGGGCGGCUGGCGGCGGACAGCAGCCUGGGGACCAAGGUGGUGGCGUACAGGCUCAAGCUGGUGGACCGCACGGCGCCGCCCACCGCACUGCGCGCCUCGCCGCGCGGGUACGGCACCGGCGCGUCGGGGUACGGCGGCGAGGGCGGCGAGGGCUCGGCGCGCUCGGCUGCCGGUCCCGGGUCCGGGGGUCCGGGUCUGGACGGCGCCGCGCUGUACAAGCUGCACUACGACACCGCCGUGCGCAGCUGCAGGGACAUGGCCGCCCACCAGGGCCUGCGCUCCGUGGAGGCGGUGCGCACCGCACUGCUGGCGCACGCCUUCGCCACCGGCUCCCCACUGCACUGGAGGGAGCUGGCGGAGGAGGCGGGGCUGGGAGGAGAGGAGAUGCAAGACGUGAUGUACCUGGUCACAGAGUACAAGGAGGACAUGCGCCAGGCCGCCGCCGCGGUGCCGCCGGGCGCCGAGUCGUCCGCGCCGCCGCUGCCGCCGCUGACCAAGGAGGGCAUGCUGCGGGUCAAGCCCAUCCGCGACUGGGCCAAGGCCAAGCCGGCAGACAGCACCCCCUUCUACGUCAUGACAGAACUGGAGCGCAAGAAGCCCGACCUGACCGAGCUGUACGCGGUGCUCAAGAUGGCGGUGGUGGCGGAGGCCACCCUGGGCAGCUGGAACCCGGAGGUGGAGUUCGCGGGCAACGCCGCCCGCGGGUAGCAGACUAGCAAGAUAAUAGCGCGUGUGUGUCGCACGCAUGUAUUGCAUGGGCCGUGUAGCGGGUGCUAGGGCCUGGGUGUGGAGCCAGCAGCUGCUGCGGUGCUCCUCGGUGGCUACUCCUGCUCGGCGCAGCGGUGCCGCCACUGGCUGUGGCGGGCUGCUUCACAGCGGAGGGGAGAAUGGGAGAAGCCGGUGUUGCGGUGUUGCGGUGUUGGCUUUGAUGUUGAGUUGGCCAAAGGCGCUCUGCCCAGGAGAGGUGCUUCCGCAGUCACGGAGGAAUGGACCUGUGGCACGGAACGCAAGUGCACCUUGCUCGAUACCAUAUUCCAUGGGCGUUCCGUAAGGAUGAUAGCUUGACACUAUAAAAAAUAUACCCCAUAACAAAUGGGGAGCUCAGGCAAGGCCCAACUUUUGAAGGACGUUGAGGUGCUCGAAAGCGCUGGUCUGGAUGUUGAGGACUGGCCGGACAAGACAUUUGUGGCUAUGAAAUCCCUCGCGUCGAUCGUUCGGUUGGAAGGAUGGCCGACGGAGAGCGUUAACGGCAAUGGUGUUGCACACCAUGUGCUUCGUAGCUUGUUGGCUGUCCUCACCUUCCUGGCUUCAGCUGGCGUAUCAGGCGUAUUGGAAGAGGGUGACGUCGUGCGGACAGCUGCAGACACCGUGAAAUCCUC